GAAAAAAUGCUGUAAGGGUUAUAAGUUUGUUCUUGGACAGUGCAUCCCUGAAGACUAUGAUGUCUGUUCUGAAGCUCCCUGCGAACAGCAGUGCACAGAUAACUUUGGGCGAGUCUUGUGCACUUGCUACCCUGGGUACCGCUAUGAUCGGGAGAGGCACAGGAACAGAGAGAAGCCUUACUGCCUGGAUAUCGACGAGUGUGCCACAAGCAAUGGGACGCUGUGCUCUCAGAUCUGUAUCAACACCAUGGGCAGCUACAGGUGUGAGUGUCACGAAGGCUAUACCCGGGAGGAGGAUGGCAAGACUUGCACCAAAAGAGAUAAAGCUGGGCUUCCUGAGAAAUCUGAAAAUGUGGCGAAACCGGGGACAUGCUGUGCCUCUUGCAAGGAAUUUCAUCAAAUAAAGCAGACGGUUUUACAACUGAAGCAAAAGGUUGCUUUGCUACCAAAUAACGCUGCUGAUCUUAGCAAGCAAAUCACUGGUGAAAAAGUGCUUGCAUCUAAUGCAUAUAUCCCUGGCCCCCCAGGCCAGCCUGGCCAACAAGGCCCUCCAGGGGCUCCAGGACCAAAAGGGAGUCAAGGAGUUCCUGGGUCACCCGGACCUCCUGGACAGCCAGGCCCUCGUGGAUCAAUGGGACCUAUGGGCCCAUCUCCAGACAUAUCCCAUAUCAAACAGGGCAGACGUGGCCCUGUGGGCCCACCAGGAGCCCCGGGGAGAGAUGGGAGCAAGGGGGAGCGAGGUGCACCAGGACCAAAGGGGAUACCUGUAAGUAUUGCACACAGGAGGAAUUUCCACAACAGAGUGAUGCUGACUACUAAGAACAGGUCAGCCAAAAGGAAAAAAAAAUAA